AUGUUCUUGCCUUGGCUGCAGCUGGUUCUACUUCUCUGUGGCCUCACAGCCACGUGGGCUUUUUUGUAUCGCGUUGAUUGGCCCAAAAGACAGUUGGGUUGGUGGCAAAAGCAAUACUACCAGUCAUCAUGGCACCAGAGGCUGCGGUUUACGACUACCCCGAAGCCAGGAGCCACCCCCGAGACGAUUGAGACCCGAUUGGUGUACCCGUGCUAUUGCUAUAAGCCCUCUCUCAAAGGCUUGGCCACCGCCAGUCCCGUCGAAAAGCGAAUGAUUGAGACCAAGGAACUGUUCUUCUUGAAUAAAUAAUAUUUAUAAAUUAAAUUUUCAAUAAAUUCUUUUUGCUACCUA